AUGUCUGAUCGGGUUGCACGAUCAUAUCAUGCUGGUGAAGGAACAAGUGAGCGAGCUUCAUAUCCUUAUGAAUCUGUUUGGAUGGGUCAUUGGAUGUGCACAACUUGUAAGUCAGAAACCAAGGCAUGUGGUCAUGUAUCAAUUCAUUAUGAGGAUGCCCAACAAAAUAUUCAUGAUUGUAAGAAGCAUGCCUUGUUUAGAGGGUUUGGAGAAGUAACUGAACCCAAAAGAGUAAGAAAAAUCAAUGAGGAUUGUAGUCUGACAGAGAGUUCAAAGGAAACAAGGAAAGAGAGAUGGGAAGGCCAGUCCUUUCCAAUGUUCAGUCUUCCUCCAAAGAUUAGUUUGGCUAAACAGAACCAGCAAGGUUCUACUGUCCAUGCUGGUGUACUUAGUGAGAGUAACUCACCUGCAAUGCCUGCCAGGGCUCUGCAAGCCACCCCACCGCUUCCCAGCGGGCAGGUGAAAUAUCAUAAUUUUCUUGAGAAUAAUAGCCCAGCUGUUUCUGAGUCAUUUCCAGAUGAAUUAAUGAGAUCAGAUUCUGAAAUUGUGCCACAUCAAUUUAAGGGCGGGAGCACUUCUUUGCCUUCUUUCAUGUGUAGAGAGGAGGAAAGUAAUCAUUCGAACUCUCUUCUAGCACCUCGACAAAAUGUCAGAAAUACUAUUAAUCACUCGAGUUCCUCAUUGUUGGCUCAUGAGAGGAAUAUCAAUGGCAAUUCCAUCUCUAGAAGAUCAGAAGGUUCAUUGUCGAGGCAGAAUGAUGCGGUUUUGUUACAACAUGACCCCUCCAGAAGCGGUGAACAGAAACCAGAUUUUGUUGGUAAGAAUUUCUGGGAAAUGCAAAAUCAGUCUGGUAUUGGUUUGCUUCCAAGCAGCAGCAGUCCCCCAGAGGUGACCAAAUUGGAAAAUGUAUAUCAAGGAUACUGUUCUCGGCCAAGCCUUCAGCGUUCUGUGCAUAACAUGGAUACUAUGAGAAUAUGUGCUACUGUCAACGCUGAGGAAGAAUUAUCUGGAGGUCCUCCCAAGUUUUCAAACGCAAUUCACCAUUUUCUGUUCUCAAAAAACACCGUUGUUAACUUGUCUGAAGGAGCUCAAGUGUUUGGACAGUCAACUGUAUCAAAAAAAUUGAAAGGAAAAGCUUCCAGUGAGCUCCGUGGUUUUUCUCCAGAGUAUGUUCUCCCUGUUCAGCCUGGAUUGAAGCUGCUACCUUACAGGAGCUCUACAGACGGUGAAGGAGAGGAAGAUGUACGAGAUGUCAAGGAGCCUGCGGUCGAAUCAUCUUCUGAAACAGAUAUUAUGGGCAUGGAUGCUUUCCAGGAUAACCUUCUUCCUGGUGUGGUGGCGUCAUCUCCAUCAGAUAAGCAUGUUGAGAGGGGCGAGAAGUCACCUACAUCUCAAUCAGCCUUCACUUCAGGCAGAGAAGAGAUUGGAGCUAGACUUACUUACACAAAAUUAUUUGACAUAAAUCAGGUUGCACCUUUUGCAAGUUCAGCAGAAGAAAGGGAGACAAGCACUUCAAAAACCCUGAGUUUGGAUGUGGAACAUCUCCUUUCCCAUGCUGAGCAGCCCACAAAUUCAAAAUCCAGUGCAAGUCCAGAAGGACCUCAGGGACCAGAGCCAGGCAGCAGGUGGGUUAAACGUCUCAAGUUGAGUGCUUCUCAGUCUGCUCAUGGUACAAAAAGCUCAAAAAUGGGAGAAGCCUCUUCACAUGAAAAAGUAAACAAAUUUUCUAACAGGAUUAUGAAAUGCGGUAUAACUAGUUCACAACCUGCUAUGGGCAGAUUUCUUGGUAAAGAACAGAUGGCAUCGGAUCAAACUGCAACUUUAUUAAGAAAUGGUGAGUCGUCUUCCAUUGACUCGGGGGCGAAAAUUCAAAAUAUAACACUCUCACAUCCUUGGAUUCGGCGGUGGUCUAAUAAAAUAGCAUCCCAAAAGAAGUCUGAAGCAGUGGUUGUUUUUAAAUCGCAACGUUUGAAAGCAACAGUAGAUGAAUUACAAAAGAAGCAGUUUCCAAGCAUUGCUGCUAUGGCACUCAUGGGAAAGGCCAUGAGUGGUUUCCAUCCAUGUGAGUUUGCAAACAAGGGGUCAUUUGUGGUUUGGAAUACCAAAGGAUUUUAA